CGCGUUCUGAAGUUCUCGCACCCCUGGGUACCAAAUCCCAUAAUACCUCGAUACCAUUACACACCUGUUGCUAAUGCGUAAGUAUAUAGCGAACCUCCUUGGAGGUGUCGGCGAUACCCUAGGAAAGACCGUGGGCGGACUCGGUGACACUGUUGGAAGCACUGUGGGAGGACUCGGAGACACUGUGGGAAACACUGUGGGCGGACUCGGUCAGACUGCCGGCGGUGCGACUCAGGGUCUUGGAAAGACUGUUGGCGGUGCCACUGAAGGCCUGGGCAACACAACCCGGGGCGUCGGACAGUCGACUGGAGACAUCCUUAGCAGCAUCAAUGGCGACAGAUCCGGUGCGAAUGCUGAUCGGAAGUAAAGGUGAUGGCGAGGUCCGAUUGGAUAUGACAUGACUUGAUGAAUCUGCUAUGUAAUGGGCUUGACGGAUGUUAAUUGCUUUCUCGCUCAAAUGGGUAUGGCUUAAUAACUGAUUUGAUUGUAUCUAUAUGAAUUGCGUGUUUGCAGGACAAAUCGACUUUCUGAGGAUGAGUAAAA